GCAAUUUCCCCAACCUCUCGAAAACCGAGCGGUCGCCAUUUUUGAAGCACCAAACAAAUACACAUUAAACACACCCUAUUUAUUGUAUUCUCUCUCUCUCUCUCCACCAUUGCUAAAAUAAAACUAGUUUCUCGAUUCUAUUCCUUCCUACCUCUUGCCUACUUCCUUUGAAUCUCAUCAAAAUUCUUUACAUAUAGACGUAAAAUCCUAAGAUAAUCACAAUCUGUUUCUCUGAAUUUUCUUUCUCUCGGCCAUGGCUGACAAGUCGGAGAAGACGGUAGUCGAAGAGGUCUCGAAAGUGGUGGAGUCAGCCAAAGAGUUGCAGGACUCAGCUGCUUCCUUGAUUUCCAGAACCACUCUCGAAGAAGACGCUCUCAGACAGCGAUCUCUCUCUCUCGAUUCCACUAUUCGCAGACUCCGUUCCUCCAUUGCCUCCUUGCUCCACCAUGGCCAAUUGGAUUCCAAAGAAGCCGACAAACUGGAAGAAGAAUUGUAUAGAGCUAGCUACGUAUUGAGUGAAGGAGAUGCGUCGGCUUUUAUUCCAAUUCCAAGCAAAUCUCAUGGGAGGUUCUUGAGUAUGUUUCUUGGCCCGAUUAAUGUCCGUGCAACUAGGAAGGAUGUUAAAUUGAAAGUGAAAGAGGAGUACAAUAGCUUCAGAGAUAGAACUGCGUUUCUGUUUCUUUUUUUCCCAUCACUGCUACUUGUGUUAAGGUCGUGGCUAUGGGGUGGAUGCUUACCGGCAUUGCCUGUUCAGCUUUACCAGGCAUGGUUGUUAAUUCUCUACACAGGUUUGGCUUUGCGAGAGAACAUACUUAGAGUGAAUGGAAGUGAUAUUCGCCCAUGGUGGAUAAAACAUCACUACUUCGCUAUGGCCAUGGCACUUAUCAGUCUCACUUGGGAGAUAGAAAGAGAACCUGAUUGUUCCCAGAAGCAGAGAGGGGUGCAACUUUUCCUUCAAUGGGCUAUCAUGCAAGGAGUUGCAAUGCUUCUACAAAAUAGAUAUCAACGGCAAAGGCUUUAUACACGUAUUGCACUCGGCAAGGCUAGGAGAAUGGAUGUUGUUUGGGGAGAAACUGCUGGAGUUGACGGUCAACUAUGGUUGUUGGCACCCAUUCUAUUCAUAUUACAGGUGAUUUGUGCUGUACAAAUGCCUGUUUUGGGGACCAUGCCCACAAAAGAUCAUAUUAAUGGUUUUGAAUUAUAUGUCGGAAUUUUGCUACUUAAAACUGCACUGGCUGGUGUUGUUUCUGAGUGGCAGGUUGUUACCUGUGGGGUGCUACUGAUUGUUAUGGCAGUUGGGAAUUUUGCAAACACAGUGCAGACACUAGUGGCAAAAUCUCGGUUUAAAGCGAAAAUGAAGAAAACUAAAAGUAAGCCAGAACUAAAUUAGGGAUCCCAUCCCAUUCCUUAUAAUUUGUGACCGGGAAGACUGUUGUGCUAGUUGAGUUCGAGGAUAUGAGAAUUUCUUUCGUAACCUGUUAUUCCUUGUAACAACCUUUUCACCUUUAUACGCUUAGACUAGCGAUGCUGUUUGUGAGAGUGACCUUUACUUGCAUCAAAUAGAGCUAUAUUUUGGUUGUUACAGUUGUACUAAUAGUCAAUCAUACCUAUUAUUUUGUGUAAUUUGUCUUUUUGUGAAUUAAGUAGACACAUUGUACCGUUACCCCUCCAAUGCU